UGUAAAUCCAAAUAGCACAUCUUUAAAACAAAGCACAAAUUUGUCAUGCAUAUUGUCCAGGAUGAAACGACAGAUGCAUUUUGGUGUUUUUUUUUUUUAAAUAUAUAUUUUUUAAAUUUUAUAAACCUUUAUUUAUAAUAUGCAACAUUUGUAUACAAUCAAGAAAUACAAAUAAUCAAAACAAGUACAGAAACAGUACAAAACAGCGCCGGGGGUUGUAAACUUAAUAAAGUAACUAAAAUAGAAUGCAAAAUAUAUAUUUGUAACAAAAUGUAUAGCCUUUGGCUCACAUAAAUUCCGUAAAUAAUCCAAAUUUAGAACACAUCAUCAUAGUUUUCACAGCUUUUUGGUUGUUAGAGGUAGAAAGCGUUUUAAAGUAGAGUUCUAAUUAUUUUAAAGGCACAAAAAACAGAUAUAUACAGAAUAUAAAACGUAGCCAAUGGUAUAAUGAGGUUGCACAGGUAAAAUUCCUUUUCAAUUUUUUUUUCAUAUAGUGUAAAUCCAAAUAGCACAUCUUCAAAAACAAAGCACACUUUUGUCAUGAAUAUUGUUCAGGAUGAAACAACAGAUGCAGCAUUUUGGUAGUUUCUCGCUCUGCUCAGUCUUUGUGACGUCACCGUAGAAAUAAGGAAGUAGCCCGUCGGCAUUUUUUGGUUUUUUUUUUUUUUAAUAUCACAUUCUCGCCACAUCUCCGGGCACCCAAGUUAGUUUGCCACAUGUGCUGGUUCCAAAGUUAGUUAAAAAAAAUUUAAUUGAGGUAAAAAAGUAACACGUGUUGCACUGUUAUUUUACACCGUUACGUGUUUCCAGGGAAUGAUAUAAAAGGCGGACACGUGACACGGUGCUGUGUUUUCAAGCCUCUCCCUUGGUUACAUUAGCACAUUAGAGGCUCCGCAUGUUGCUCCUUUAUUUAAACACUCGCUCACGUCCGUUCACUUAGUAUCAGACCAUUAUUAAGAUAAUGAAAUUACUUUUCCUUGCUUGCCUGGAACCCAAAACAGGGAACCACACCACAGCUGAGCGAAUCAGGUCCCACAUUGAAUCAGCAGGACACACUUGUGAGCUCCACCAUGCAGAAGAAUUUCAGUCAUCUUCUGACUUAGCAAACCUGCUAUCACAAAAUAUUCAAUUUGAUGGCGCUCUUGCCAUUCAUCUCUUCAAAGCCGGCAGACUUCUCCUAGACAUUCAAGUACCUUUUGGCAUUGUCUUUGGCGGAACAGACAUCAAUGAAGAUGUGAAAGUUGAGAAGAGGCGUGCAGUUAUGGAAAACGUUCUACUUAAAGCAAGGUUUGCAGUUGCAUUUACGGAGAAAAUGAAGCAAGAAGCCAUGUCAUAUUUGCAUUCCCAGAGCAGCAAAACGUAUGUCCAGCCUCAAGGUAUUGAGACAGACGUUUCAGAGGAUUUCGACUGGACUGAAUUCUUGCAAAGUGCAGGUAUACGUGGUGAGCAUGUGGAACGGCUCCAUGUUUUCCUGUUGAUCUGUGGCCUCAGAAGAGUCAAGGACCCUCUGUAUUUAGUGGAGAGUUUUUCAGAGUGGCACAGUGAGAAUCCCCAAAAUGUUCUCGUUAUAAUUGGUCCAAAGAUUGAUCCUGUCCUGACUGAUGCAGUCGAAGCUGUUGUUAGGAGAACAGCAGGGGUCUUCUUGGCCCAGGAGAGGAGCCAACCGGAGCUUCACGCUGCCAUGAAAAGGUGCUUUGCGAUGGUCAACAGUUCCAUCUCAGAGGGCAUGUCCGCAGCUAUCUUGGAGGCCAUGGAUCUGGGGCUACCUGUGUUGGCCAGGAACAUUCCGGGAAAUACUGCUAUAGUGCAAAACGAGGUCACAGGACUGGUGUACUCUUCCCCUCAGGAGUUUGUGCAUCAGUCUCAGAGGCUGUUGUCAGAUCAUCAGCUGAGAGCGAGAGUGAUAAGGAAUGGAAAAGUAUACGUGGUGAAGCAUCACAGUCUGAAACAGGAGAGAGAGACCUACCAGAGGCUGGUGAACAUGCUGCACUAACUCCUUUGUUUACAUUCCUCAUGUCCACACAAACACGGGUAUCUAUUAUUAUUAAUUUUUUUUUUUUGGUGUCUCCUUUGUUACUAUGGUUUUUUUGUGAUCAUGCCUUUAUCGGAAGUCACCUUUUAUGCUUUUGUUUGGUCUGUUUUGGUCUGUGGUCACGGCACCACUUGUUGCUUUGGCUUUACAGCCUGAAAAUCAUGUGGACAAAAACCUGUAUAUACACUAUAUUUCCAAAAGUAUUUGGCCACCCAUCUAAAUGAUGAGAAUCAGGUGUCCUAAUCACUCGGCCACAGGUGUAUAAAAUCAAGCACUUAGGCAUGGAGACUGUUUCUACAAACAUCUGUGAAAGAACGGGCCGCUCUCAGUGAUUUCCAGCGUGGAACUGUCAUAGAAUGCCACCUGUGCAACAAAUCCAGUUGUGAAAUUUCCUCGCUCUUAAAUAUUCCAAAGUCAACUGUCGGCUUUAUUAUAAGAAAAGUGAAGAGUUUGGGAACAACAGCAACUCAGCCACGAAGUGGUAGGCCAUGUAAACUGACAGAGAGGGCUCAGCGGAUGCUGAAGCGCAUAGUGCAAAGACUUUCUGCGCAGUCAGUUCCUACAGAGCUCCAAACUUCAUGUGACCUUCCAAUUAGCCCACGUACAGUACGCAGAGAGCUUCAUGGAAUGGGUUUCCAAGGCCGAGCAGCUGCAUCUAAGCCAUACAUCACCAAGUCCAAUGCGUGGGAUGCAGUGGUGUAAAGCACGUCAUCACUGGACGCCUUCUCCGGAGUGAUGAAUCACACUUUUCCAUCUGGCAAUCUCAUGGACGAGUCUGGGUUUGGAGGUUGCCAGCAGAACGGUACAUUUUGGACUGCCGAGUGUGAAAUUUGGUGGAGGAGGAAUUAUGCUGUUUGGUUGUUUUUCAGGAGUUGGGCUUGGCCCUUUUGUUCCAGUGAAAGAAACUUUGAAUGCUCCAGGAUACCAAAACAUUUUGAACAAUUUCAUGCUCCCAAACUUGUGGGAACAGUUUGGAGCGGGCCCCUUCCUCUUCCAACAUGACUGUGCAGCAGUGCACAAAGCAAGGUCCAUAAAGACAUGGAUGACAGAGUCUGGUGUGGAUAAACUUGACUGGCCUGCACAGAGUCCUGACCUGAACACCUUUGGGAUGAAUUAGAACAGAGACUGAGAGCCUUCUCGACCAACAUCAGUGUGUGACCUCACCAACGCGCUUUUGGAAGAAUGGUGGAAAAUUCCUAUAAACACACUCCGCAACCUUGUGGACAGCCUUCCCAGAAGAGUUGAAGCUGUAAUAGCUGCAAAAGGUGGACCGACAUCAUAUUGAACCCUAUGGGUUAGGAAUGGGAUGGCACUUCAAGUUCAUAUGUGAGUCAAGGCAGGUGGCCAAAUACUUUUGGCAAUAUAGUGUAUUUUAAACCCAAUAUUUGGAUUUUUAAUAAAUACCUUUUUCAUGGGUGACUAUAGUUAUGCAUAAACCUCAGUAUCAGUAUGAAACCGGUCAAUAUAGUUAGUAUCGUUCAUACAACACACUGUUCUGUAUUUUACAAUACCAUAACUGUAAACAUGUAAUAUUUUUUAUUGGUGCUUUGUUCUAAAGGGAUCGCUGUAAUGCAAUGGGAACAUAAACAUGCUUUUUUUUUUUCUCACAGUAAUAUGUUAUGUAUUUGGAAGUGUACUAUUUAUUUCAGAUGGAAUGUAUUUAUCAGUUUGUUGUUUCUCUUGUUUCCGCUCUGCGUAUCUUAUGUUUAUUGAUGACGUGCAAGGGAAGAGGUCUGCAUGCUUAAAAAAAAAAAAAAAAUCCAGUUUGAAAGGUCAAGAUGAUUCUGUCUCCCAAUGCACGUCGGCAAUACAGUAUCUGCUUAGGAACCCCUUUGUGUAGCAAAUGUAGAAAUAUAUACACAGGGUAUGUAUAUUUCAAAAACAAAAUUGUCAAAAUUGAGAGUUGUGGUGAGCAGUUAACAAACACUCAUGGGUAGUGGUGGCUUACAGAGAGUGAUACUUUGUUCCUUGACGCCUCUUUAAGAAAAAAAACAUGUGACUGCUCGUACUGAAAGAAGUCGGCGGAGUGGCAUUCCUUGUUCGAUGUUAUCAUCGAUGUAAAUGAAACUAAGAAAAGGGAAAAAUUCCGAAUUGUGGAAUAAUUUUGAUUUUAUCGCGACUAAAUGUUCUCUUCCUGUUUACGUUCUGCACAGCUAUUCCUUAAAGGGGAACAUUAUCACCAGACCUAUGUAAGCGUCAAUAUAUAUCUUGAUGUUGCAGAAAAAAGACCAUAUAUUUUUUUAACCGAUUUCCGAACUCUAAAUGGGUCAAUUUUGGCAAAUUAAACGCCUUUCUAAUAUCCGCUCUCGGAGCGAUGACGUCACAACGUAAUGUCACAUCGGGAAGCAAUCCGCCAUUUUCUCAAACACCGAGUCAAAUCAGCUCUGUUAUUUUCCGUUUUUUCGACUGUUUUCCGUACCUUGGAGACAUCAUGCCUCGUCGGUGUGUUGUCGGAGGGUGUAACAACACGAACAGGGACGGAUUCAAGUUGCACCAGUGGCCCAAAGAUGCGAAAGUGGCAAGAAAUUGGACGUUUGUUCCGCACACUUUACCGACGAAAGCUAUGCUACGACAGAGAUGGCAAGAAUGUGUGGAUAUCCUGCGACACUCAAAGCAGAUGCAUUUCCAACGAUAAAGUCAAAGAAAUCUGCCGCCAGACCCCCAUUGAAUCUGCCGGAGUGUGUGAGCAAUUCAGGGACAAAGGACCUCGGUAGAACGGCAAGCAAUGGCGGCAGUUUGUUCCCGCAGACAAGCAAGCUAAACCCCCUGGAUGUCUUGGCUCACACCGUCCCUUACGCCACCGAAGAUGAUCAAGAGAAGAAUAUCGACCCUAGCUUCCCUGGCCUGCUGACAUCAUCUCCAAAACUGGACAGAUCAGCUUUCAGGAAAAGAGAGCGGAUGAGGGUAUGUCUACAGAAUAUAUUAAUUGAUGAAAAUUGGGCUGUCUGCACUCUCAAAGUGCAUGUUGUUGCCAAAUGUAUUUCAUAUGCUGUAAACCUAGUUCAUAGUUGUUAGUUUCCUUUAAUGCCAAACAAACACAUACCAAUCGUUGGUUAGAAGGCGAUCGCCGAAUUCGUCCUCGCUUUCUCCCGUGUCGCUGGCUGUUUUCGUCGGUUUCGCUUGCAUACGGUUCAAACCGAUAUGGCUCAAUAGCUUCAGUUUCUUCUUCAAUUUCGUUUUCGCUACCUGCCUCCACACUACAACCAUCCGUUUCAAUACAUUCGUAAUCUGUUGAAUCGCUUAAGCCGCUGAAAUCCGAGUCUGAAUCCGAGCUAAUGUCGCUAUAGCUUGCUGUUCUGUUUGUGUUGGCAUCACUAUGUGACGUCACAGGAAAAUGGACGGGUGUUUAUAACGAUGGUUAAAAUCAGACACUUUGAAGCUUUUUUUAGGGAUAUUGCGUGAUGGAUACAAUUUUGAAAAAAACUUCAAAAAUAUAAUAAGCCACUGGGAACUGAUUUUUAAUGGUUUUAACCAUUCUGAAAUUGUGAUAAUGUUCCCCUUUAAGGAACUCAUUGAAGAGCGAAGGAAGACAAUUGUAGAAUUACACAGUUAUUUUGGAGCUACUUCCAAACAAACUGCAGAUUCCAAGAUCAUCAAUUCAGUAUGCAAGUAUAAGUUAUUGAGGUGUGUCCCCUCUUUGUCAAGCCUGGGAUGACCCUUGGAGAACUCUCUGGAAGGACAUGGGUAGAAUGUUUAGAAAUAAUUUUUUUAAAUGGUAUCUCUUUAAAACACGCUGUAAAUAAAUGCAUAUCACCUGAAAGUAUGUCUUUAAAUAGCCAUGAACUGGAAGAUGCACUUUUUAAUCAAGAUACAAUUAAGAAAUUAAUUAAACUAUUUUCUGGAAUAAUAAAUGAACAUUAUAUUAGAAAUGCAAAUGACGCUUGUGUUCGGAAAUGGAUGAUGGACUUAAACAUUUUAGAUGAAAGAGACAUAUCAUGGUAUGAUAUUUGGAAAAAUGCCAAUAAACCCUUUAGAGAUUAAAUUAAAGAUAAACUGAGUCAAUUUAAGAUCUUGAAUAGAUUGUAUUUUACAUCUUCUCAGCUGUUUAAAAUUGGUGCUGUAGAUAGCAAAUGAUGUAUGAAGUGUCGGGCAGCUGAGGAAACUCUUGUUCAUUUAUUGUGGGAAUGUCAGAAAAUAAAAGAGUUAUGGUUGAAAACAACAAAAGAAGCAAUCACAUUCCUAAAUAUAAACAUCCCAAUGACACUGCAAACUUGUAUUCUUGGUGAUCUACAUCAAUUUAGUAAUGUGUUAUCAAAGAGUAAAAAAAGCAUUUAUUUCAUUGUGCAUCAUAACAAAAAGGGUGAUACUAAAAAAAAAGGAUUAAUGUUGAUAGUCCAACUCAUACUGACUGGUACACACAAGCUAUGGAGAUAUCAGUAGAAAAAACUGCAUUUAGUUUGGAUAAUAAUGAGUCAUAUAUUGGAAUAUGGGAUCCAUUAUUUAGAUUUGUUUUAACUAUUAAAUGAACCAAAAAUAUGACUUAUUUUAUCUUUGUGGAAAAUAUUGGACACAAUGUGUUGUCAAGCUUAUGAGAUGCGAUGCUAUUGUUCUUUUUUUUUUUAAUGUUUUUAUUUUUUAUAAAUGGCUGUAAUGAUAAUGUCAAUGAGGGAUUUCUAAUCACUGCUAUGUUGGAAUUGUUAUUAAUAUUGAUACUGUUGUUGAUAAUAUUCAUUUUUGUUUGACUGCUUUUGGAUUGUUUUGGGGCUUGUUUGUGUGUCCUCUCAAUUGCUCUGUCGAUUGCUAUUCUGAAUGUUGCUGUGUCGGGUUUGGUUUUGGAAUUUGAAUUGCACUAUUAUGGCAUUGUUUUGUUUGAUUGAUUAAGAAGAAAAAGAAAGAAUGGAGAAACCUGCUGGAACAUCUGUGACGUAGUCCACAAUGAAGCCAAGUUUACAUGGACUGAGAAGGUGCCGACUGUGGGAAGAGUUUACACAACUGAACUAUGUGCUUAUCAUGUCAGUCCAGGCAAAAAUUCAGCUAUGUGUACGUAAUGACAAGUAUGUAGGGGGCUUUGAACAUGCAAUUCAGGAAGUGUGUUCAGGGAAGGCAGAGCAAAAUUUUAAAGAUGAAUAAAAACAACAUAAAAAUUAAUCGUAAUAUUUGUUCAUUGAACUUUCGUAUAUGUAUUCUUUGUAGGAUUCAAGUCGUUAUUAACAUUGUUUUUAACCCUCAGGGGACUAUGGAUGACUUUUUUGUCUUUUUAAUAAAUGUUUUACUGUUUUUUGGCAAUAAUGUGUGUUGUAUUACUCCAAUAAACAUGAUUUUUCCCUAAAAAAAUUUUUUUUUAAAUUUCAACAUCCACUCUUUCACAGGUGUACAAGACACUGGCAGUUACCCCAAAACCAAAAGACAUAAAAGUCCUUCAUAUUUUAAAUGGCAUAAAAACAUUUUUGGAUUUUUCAGCCCUGAACAUAAAUACCAAACAUGUAUUGUGUUUAUUGUUAUUUUUA